AUGCCUGGUGGAAAGGGAAAGUCUUCUGGCGGAAAGAGCUCCGGCGGCAAGACGAGCGCUGCUGAGGGCACCAAGAAGCAGCAGAGUCACUCUGCUCGUGCUGGUCUUCAGUUCCCUUGCGGUCGUGUCAAGCGUUUCCUCAAGCAGAACACCCAGCAGAAGAUGCGUGUGGGAGCCAAGGCUGCCGUGUACGUUACAGCUGUUCUGGAGUACCUGACUGCCGAAGUCCUCGAGUUGGCAGGUAACGCUGCAAAGGAUCUCAAGGUGAAGCGUAUCACACCCCGCCACCUCCAGCUUGCCAUUCGUGGUGACGAGGAGCUCGACACCCUGAUCCGUGCGACAAUCGCCUACGGUGGUGUCCUGCCACACAUCAACCGCGCUCUGCUGCUCAAGGUCGAGCAGAAGAAGAAGGCCAAGGCACUUGAAGGCUAA